AUAUGGGCACGCAUCACCCCACCAUUUCUCUUCGUCUCUCUCUUUUCUCUCUCUCUUCUCUCGCACUAGUUCUUCGCUGGCUUCUCUCGCGAUCGGUGCCUUCUCUGGGCGAUUCUCUUGAAUCUGGCAGCUUGAUGCUGCCGCGGGGACGAUUCGCGAGCGCGCGAGCUUCCCGAAGAUUCCACUCUAGGUCUGGCGGCGCUUUUCUUUCUUCGAUCGAGCAUUGAGAAGUUUUGUACCAGCGGCUAGCUUAGAGCUACAUUAUUUUUCUUCGCGUCCCGCGAAAACAGUGUUUUUUUCUUCUUCUUCUUCUUCUUCCUCUAUUGCCUCUUUUGUGGAAAAUAACAAAAGAGCCCGUUUUGUGGGUACGACUUUGUGGAUCAUUGACUCUGGGUGGAGAUCAAACUUAUCCCUUACGCAAGUGUCUUACAUUUUCUUUCCCAAAAAGGUUUCCAAGUUCCAAGCACACACCAUGGGCUGUGCGCUCACCAAAACCGAGGACGAGCACAACUCGGUGCAAGCUCCCGUCCAGACCGAGGAACUCUGCGUCUUCUCGCCCGGCUUGCGGCUCCCAAAGUCACUGGAACUCGCAAACUCGGAUCACCUCCUCCAGGCCUCUGCGAGAAAUUUGCUGGAGAGAUUGAUGAGCGUCCACUCGAGACUUGCCGCCGCGGCGCAAGAGCUCGUCUCUACAAAGAAACUCAAGAAAAAGAGGUCUUCGCUAACUGUCUCGAACAUAACACAGCUUAAGGAGGCCAUUGACGACUACUUACCAGUUCUUCUCAAGCUCAUCCGGAAAGAGCCACGGUUGGCCGACCAAGUUCUGUUCACUUGGACAAACCAAGAGGACGAGAUAAAGGAAACGACGCUGCAAAGCCCGUAUUACGAAGUGCUGUCUGUGCUACAGCUCCUGGCGACGCUCUCGCUGCUGGAAGCGAACAGGGCUCUCUUGUUUAAACCUGUAAACUUGGAAGCCAGCCAUCACAGGCAGAUCAUGGACGAAACCAAGAAGUCUGCCAUGGAUGUUCUAUUCAAAGCUGCAGAGAUAUUGGAAUGCGCGCUUAAAUCUGUCCUCCCUCAAGCCCCUCGUGAAGUAAGCAGGAAUCAGCUGCCAGUGGACUUAAAGGAGGGCACGCUGCAGGCAAUGCAGCUCCAAGCGCUAGGACAGACUGUUGAGAUCCAACUGGGCCUGGCAGUCGACAAUCCGAAAGCAACCAUGGCAGUGAAGCGUCGAUUAGCAUGCGAGGAGCUCAAGUACUGGCAACAGGCCUACGAGAACUUGCAAGCUGUAAACCUGGGAAAUGGAUGGGGUGACAAGCAUUUACUUUUCAUCAGAUGGAAACGGGCCGAGGCCAAGGUCGCAGCUUAUUACUUCCACGGCCUGAUCUUAAACGAGAGCAGUGACAGCCAAGGCGCAGCAGCCUGCCUCCGGGCGUCGGCACACUUCUUCAAGGAAAGCGAGAGAAUUUGUGGCGACUUUUGUGCAACAGCGCCCAUGACAACGAACAGGACACUGGUUGGCAAAUCGCCAUCAUGGGGUCCAAUGAAGCACCUCUCGGAGAAAAUUUCCAAGGACGCAGUAACAUCAACACAGCACGACUUCUUCGAAGACAACAGAGACAGGAUCGUGGAGCUACCAGAUUUCGCAUUGGCGCUGCAAGUAGACGCGUACCAAAUGCCAGAGGCCGACGAGGAAGGAGAAAUCGACGAGAAAAACUCCGCCGUGGAGCUUGGGAUUCAAAGCGGGCCAUCGUUUCUGACAGAAGAACAAAGUACACAAUACGCAUAGGGGCAAGUCAAGUAAGAAGAAACUCGGGAAAUUUUUUGACUGCGCAGGAGUUCCAAAAAAAGAAAAAGGUGGUAGAAAUGCGUGGUAGCGACGCAAGCAAAUCGCUAGCGCUAGAAGAAGAUGGGCUAUCGACGUCCAUCGCGACUGUAUAUAAAUGUGCGUGUGCUUGGCAAAAUUUCAACGCAAACAAAGUAGUUUGGUAAAAUUC